AUGGGGCAAAUCAAUGUUCAUUCACAUAGUCUAUCGGGGUUGUUUUCUGCCGCGAACUCAAGACUCAAACCUGGAAUGUUACGUAAGCAGCUAAUUCUUGGCGCGUAAAAACGCGUUGCCAAAUUUGUCGCGUCGCUCCUCAAUUACUUCGUGCUCUCCCUUCUUUUUUUCUUCACUGCUUUCCCUGUCAACACCACAACACCACGAAUCUCACGUUCACCCCGACUAUCCAUCUCCAACCCUUAAUAUAAUUAGCAUCCGUCAAUACCUCAUACAAUAGCCACACAAGUAGCUGCCACCUACCCCUAACCCUCCUAAAAUUGUAUUUGCUGAUAGAUUGCUCAAGUGUUGGAAGCUCGUCUUGAACAAGCUGGUGUCUUAAAAAAGGUGGGUAGCUAACUCCCUUCUGCUCCUGCUGCUUCCUACGUGUAGUUAACUUUCAAAUUUUUGUAGGUUGUUGAUGCAAUCAAGGAUCUCGUCCAAGAUUGUAAUUUCGAUUGCAAUGAUUCCGGAAUUGCCCUCCAGGCCAUGGACAACUCCCACGUUGCACUCGUUUCUAUGCUUCUCAAGUCUGAGGGAUUCAGCCCGUAUCGUUUGGACCGCAACGUCGCCCUCGGUGUCAAUCUUACAUCUCUUACAAAAGUCCUCCGCUGUGCCCAAAACGAGGACAUCUUGACCUUGAAGGCGGAAGAUACCCCGGACAACCUAAGUCUUGUCUUUGAGAAUGCCGAGAACGACCGUAUCAGUGAAUAUGAGAUCAAAUUGAUGGAUAUCGAUCAAGAGCAUCUAGGGAUUCCCGAAACCGAGUAUGCAGCAGCAAUCUCAAUGCCGAGUGCUGAGUUUCAGAGAAUCUGCAGAGAUCUGAUUCAGUUGUCUGAGUCCGGUAUGCCAUAGGUGCCAUCCGACCAAAUCGGAAUAAAUGAUAACCAAAGAUUUAUAGUCUCCAUCGAAGCUUCCAAGGAGGGUGUUAAAUUCUCCUGCAGUGGUGACAUCGGAAGUGGAUCCGUCACUCUUCGCCAGCACAAUAAUGUCGAUAAGCCGGAGCUAUCCACCAAAAUCGAGCUUACCGAGCCCGUUGCACUCACCUUCUCACUGAAAUACCUCGUCAACUUCUGCAAAGCGAGUGCGCUAUCUUCCGUUGUUACUCUUUCACUCUCUAACGAGGUCCCCCUACUGGUUGAGUGAGUAAUUCCAGUUGCCUGGUUUAUGACACAUGGUUAAUGUUGAUGGCUUAGGUAUGCAAUGGGCAGUGGCUUCGUCCGGUUCUAUCUUGCCCCUAAGAUCGGAGAGGAGGAAUAAAGUGGCUAUCUGGCACGGGGUCGUAACAAUCGAUGCUGUUUUCAUGAUUCGGCGGCGUGGGCCUAGCCCGGAGCAUUCUUUUUUUGUGUACUUUUAUGUCUAAAAUCCAACGACGAGUUUUCCAGAACUGCUACCUUUUCUUUGUAUUCUAGUCCAUCCUGCAGUGGUUGCUUUUUUGCAUUUCUCGAUUCGAUGUGGAGUUAGCUGUUCGUAGCGGAAUCAUACUUUAUUGCAUCCAAUU